AUGAAGUUCACCAGCAUCUUCGUCGGCGCUCUUGCCACCCUCGCUGCGGCCGCCCCCGCCCCCAAGGAGGCUGAGGAGAAGCGCGGUUUCUCCCUCGGUGGAUUCAACCAGUUCGCCACUGGUGUCCAGUUCGGCUCUGGCUUCGAUGUCCUUGGCGCCAACAACUUCGCCUUCAACAACUUGAACAUCGCCUACCUCGCCGCCUUCAACGGCUUCCGCAACGACAUCUUCUCGUCGCUCAUCAUCAACCAGGGUCUUGCCUUCGACCCCUUCUCUGACCUCUUCGCCUUCGGUGCCGGCAACCAGUUCCUCCAGCUCAACCACAUUCUCGGCCUGCAGAGCGCUCUCCUCCUCAGCUGGCUCGGCAACGCUGGUCUCAUCAACGGUGUCAACUUCGCUGGUGGUGUCGUCCCCUUCGUUGACUUCGGUACCCUCGGCGGCUUCAUCUCCCCCUUCAGCCAAUUCUCCCUUGGCAUCGACCAGGUCAUCACCACCCAGAUCACCAGCUUCGUUCAGCCCACUGGCCUCCUUUCCGCCGGCACUCUCAACAGCCUCGGCUUCGGCAGUGGCGUCUUCAAGGAGUAA